AUGUAUUUAAUUUUUAUUUUUCUUCUUUAUUUUUAUAUUAAUUUUGUAAAUUCUGAUUUAUUUACCUCUUCUGUAGACCUUCAACAAUUAACUUAUGCAGAAAAGGAUAUUCCUAAAUUAAUUACUAAUUAUAUACAACUUGAAACUGAACGUUUAGAGCAUUUAAAAAGUAUCGCUGAAAAAUAUCAACAAAACAAUGAGGAAAUGCACACAAAUUUAUUAAGCGUCUCAAACCCAAUUAAUGCCUUCAGGUUGAUUAAAAAAUUAACUCAAACAUGGAAAGAUUUGCAAGCUGAAAUGCGUUCGGAUAUUGCUGGAAGUUAUUUACAAAAUAUUUCAAUUCAGAAAGGUUCUAGAUUUCCGACAGAUGAAGAUUUGAAUGGGGCAGCUGUUGGAUUGCUUCGAUUACAGGACACUUAUCGUCUUGAUACUGGCGAUUUGGCUAAUGGAGUGGUUAAAAAUGUUAAAAUUGGAAAUGGAAUGAAUGGUUGGGAAUUUAUUUUUGAAAUUUUUAAAAAUACUUUUAAUGGGUACUUUUUGGAUAUACCGCCCUCUCCAUAG